GACAAACUUUUUUUCAGUCGUACAUUUUUGCUGUGAUGUUGCGAACAGAAGAAAACAAAACAAAAACAAAAACGAAACGAAACGAUCGAGCAGCAACCAUGUCGGCCGAAAAAGUCGGAAAACGUGCUGGCAUUGGAUUCACCUAUCUUGUUAUAUUGGUCAUACCUCUACUUUUCUCUCUUCGCGAUCAUGCGAUAAUAUCGGAUUGGACCAGAACCUUGGAGUUAAAUUCGAAUGUCCUUCCGAGCGGAGUUUCUCCUUGGAACAGGCACGGUCGACCGCAGACACAGGCCACCGCAUUGCUGGAGUUUGACAAAUUUUCUCGAAAUAGCUCCUGUGUCUACGAGACGGAAGUCGUGGAUGAAUUCUKUAAGAACACAACGUGCGACGAACACGAAUUCUGCGCGGAGGGUGAGGAUCCGGGCCCGUGCGACGAACACGAGUGGGACACGGAAGACGAAGACGGCGAAGAGGGAUGCAAAAUGCUGUGGUUUGCGGCGAUCUACGACGGCGGUGACGAAGUUGCGUGCAACGAAAAAGGGACCGGGUACAAAAACUUUUACUCGGUCGCCCUGAACUCCGCAACGGUGAACGCAGGAGAAUCUCUCCAGCCCGUCCUAUUGCUUGGGCGACUCGAACUAGAAGACGACAGCGAGACAACAACAACGACAACGUCAACGACGACAACKGCCACCAAGACUGCGUCGUUGUCAAAGGUCGGGCGAUGGGCGGAGCAGAAAGGAGCGUGGGUGUUCAACGUGCCCAGGCUUUCCUUUCAAGAAAUCGUGAACAGACACUACCCAGAGAUGCCCCCCUCCCAUCGACAGGGCCCGUGGUUGCGCCUGGAAAUCCCACGGCUGAUCAAGGAGCACGGACUCAUGGACAAGGCACCCAAUAURUGCAAGCGUCGUUUUCUCUACACCGACACGGACGUGAUGUUUCCCAACAAGCUGAAGAAGGCCAACCUCAAAAGACUCUCGGACACCCUGUCCAACGACGAUGCAGCAAUCAUGUACGGUCGCGAAUCCUCAAAGGAAGCCGAAGCCGUCAAUACGGGGAUCAUGUUAAUAGACGUUGAAAAAUUUGGCAAAGAAAUCCCUGGAAUGCUUGCGUACUUUAACGAAACCGGACAGCACGUCGCAUUCGACCAAGGCCUCGUGAACGACUAUUUCAACGCAACCGAUCUCGGGCGUUCCUUGCUGCCGAUUCAUUACAACUGGAAAUCCUACUGGAAACUGCAUCCAAGCACCUUUGAAGAAGUGAAAAUCAUCCACACCCAUGGACCAAAGCCGGGGAAGGGCCUGGCGGAAAUCGGAUCGUGCGACAUUUCGGGUCUCCCCAACAUACCGUACUACUUUGGAUUUUUUCGGACGGGAAUCUGCUGCGACCGAGGGAAGACCGCGGCGUGGUUUAUGGACUCCUACGAGAAGCUGUUGGCCCCGUCCGAAGAUAUUUGCGGAAGCGCCUAGGAACGACGCCGCGCUAGAAGUCUCCCGGACCUKUUGUAUGUAUACUACGAAACCGUUAUAAAUUGCUGUAUUGUUU